AUGAAAUUCGGCCAUGAUUUCAAGCAGUCCUUGGCAAGUCAAGGCUUCCCGCCUCACUGGGUCGCUCAAGCGAUCCCGUAUGGCCAGCUAAAGAAAUGCCUCAAAAAAGUUCAGCGAGAACUACAAGAGCUGGGCCUCGAUGCUGAGACGUUGAAAGCGCUCCUCGACUCUGAUACGCACUCUCCAGUUGCUUUGAAUUAUAGUCUUAACGCGUCUUCAAACUCUACGCUCGUCCGGCCAAAGUUGACUGUAUUCAUUCAUUUGCACGAUGGCAAUAUUGUUGACGCCUCUUUAACGCCGACCACUCGUCAAUUUUUUGAAAAAAUCUCCUCGGGAGCAGCAGUUAGCCAUUCUGAUGAUGAAAAGGAUUCUGCCACAGCGGACAACACAGCAGAUAAAAGAACGGACAACGCAACGGACACGACGACGCCCGUAGCACCACAAACAGAGGCAAGCCACCAUGAUGAGGAACGUUACGAAAGAAUAGAAUUGCCUCUUGUGUUUGACAGCGUCUUCUUUGACAUGCUUCUAAGCGAUGUCAGCAACUUGGAUGCCUUACAAACCACGGAGCAGAAUCACUUACAAGAAGAAGUUAAGGAGCUGGGGAAGCAAGUAUCGCAAGUAUCACGGCCGACCCGCUUCUCUAAGAGUGAUAUGGACCGCUGGAGGCGUAUAUUCGAACUGUACCUGGAUGCAGAGAUCUUCUUUGCCACACACGAGCGUGAACACGGGGCUCGUUCCAGCCAGAAAGCUCUCAAGCAGCUGCAGUGGUUCCAAGGAGAGGUCAACAAACAAGAGCUUGUCAGCUCGUUCAAGCUCCCAGAGAGUCGAACUGCCUUCUCGAAAUUCCUCGAAUUAAAUCUGGAUCUCUUAAAACAUUUACAGUUCCAAGAACUAAAUGUAUUAGCAAUCUCCAAAAUAUUGAAGAAAUUUGAUAAGCGGACAGCGCUGGGCGUUUCUCGUGCUUUGCCAGCAGCAAUCAACUCCCGAAGGCUAUUAUCCGACCAUGUUUCUAAAGCAGUGUGCGCUCGGAUUUCCGACGAGCUAGUAUCCAUUAUACCCCAAAUUAAUGAUUAUCUUUGCCCGAUAUGCUAUUCCUUGGCAUAUCAACCAGUUCGCUUGGACUGUCAACACGUUUUCUGCAUUCGUUGUAUUAUCAAGAUCCAGCGACGCAAAGAGGAGAGCUGCCCCUUGUGCCGAGCUCCCGUGGUCAUGAACGCUUCCAUCGACAACCUUGAUGCGGAAUUAGAAAAGUUCAUGAAAAAAUAUUUUAUGAAGGAGGUAAAGGAGAAACAACGCGCUAAUGAAAUAGAACGGGGGAUAGAAGAGUUUGGACCAGGCUAUACACGGUCUGAAUGCAGCGUUAUGUAA